CUCCAGCCGAGAGUUGUUUUUUGCAGCUACCGAGCGGAGCCGCAGCAGGAGGAGCCGAGACCCCCCGGGGGGCGGGGAGAGGAGGAGGGAUCUGGGGAGCCGCGGCUGCUCUGCGCGGGGCUCUGGGUCCUGUCACGGCGCUUCCUGGGGUUGAAGGUUGGGGUGGGUGGGGGGUAAGGCACAAAUCCUUCUCCUCCUCGACGGCGGCUCCGAGCCCUGCCCCUUCCUUCCCGCGCUCCCUCGCCCGCCCCCCAGGCCCCGUAAUGGGGGUGUCCGUGCCGGGUCCCGUGGCCGCCGCCGCCCCCGCGGCCGGCCGUGAGCCCUCGACGCCGGGCGAGGGCGGCGCAGGCGAAGGCGCCGUCGCUGCCGCCUCAGGCGCGGUGGUACCGGGCUCCGUGCAGUUGGCACUGAGCGUCCUGCACGCCCUGCUUUAUGCCGCGCUCUUCGCCUUUGCCUACCUGCAGCUGUGGAGGCUGCUUUUGUACCGCGAGCGGCGGCUGAGUUACCAGAGCCUCUGCCUCUUCCUCUGUCUCCUGUGGGCAGCGCUCAGGACCACCCUCUUCUCCGCCGCCUUCUCGCUCAGCGGCUCCCUACCCCUGCUCCGGCCGCCCGCUCACCUGCACUUCUUCCCCCACUGGCUGCUCUACUGCUUCCCUUCCUGUCUCCAGUUCUCCACGCUCUGUCUCCUCAACCUCUACCUGGCGGAGGUUAUAUGUAAAGUCAGAUGUGCCACUGAACUUGACAAACACAAAAUUCUAUUGCAUUUGGGCUUUAUAUUGGCAAGCCUUAUCUUUUUAGUGGUGAACUUGACUUGUGCAAUGCUAGUCCAUGGAGAUGUCCCAGAAAAUCAGUUGAAAUGGACUGUGUUUGUUCGAGCAUUAAUUAAUGAUAGUCUGUUUAUUCUUUGUGCCAUCUCUUUAGUUAGUUACAUAUGCAAAAUUACAAAAAUGUCAUCAGCAAAUGUCUACCUCGAAUCAAAGGGUAUGUCUCUGUGCCAGACUGUCGUUGUAGGCUCUGUAGUCAUUCUUCUCUAUUCUUCAAGAGCAUGCUAUAAUUUGGUGGUGAUCACCAUAUCUCAGGAUACAUUAGAAAGUCCAUUUAAUUAUGGCUGGGAUAAUCUUUCAGAUAAGGCUCAUAUACAAGAUGUAACUGGAGAAGAAUAUAUAGUAUUUGGAAUGGUCCUCUUUCUGUGGGAACAUGUGCCAGCAUGGUCUGUGGUACUGUUUUUCCGGGCACAGAGAUUAAACCAGAAUUUGGCACCUGCUGGCAUGAUAAAUAAUCACAGUUAUAGUUCCAGAGCUUACUUUUUUGACAAUCCAAGACGAUACGAUAGUGAUGAUGACCUGCCAAGACUGGGAAGUUCAAGAGAAGGAAGUUUAUCAAAUUCACAAGGGUUGGGCUGGUAUGGCACCAUGACAGGGUGUGGCAGCACCAGUUACGCAGUCUCUCCGCACCUGAAUGGACCUAUGACAGAUACUGCUCCUUUGCUCUUUACUUGUAGUAGUUUAGAUUUGAACAAUCACCGUGGCUUAUAUGUAACACCACAAAACUGACAGCAUUACCAAGUUGUGAUUCUUCGGUUGUUUUUCAUGAGUGUAUAUAUUCAACAUGCUUAAAUGCCAUCUACAUAAACAUUCCAUUAUCAUUUGCAACUGAAAACAACACCUGGAAAUGUGGCUGUGUUCAGCAGAGGACACGGCUAUUACUUUGACCUCUUCAUAGUAAAAUGAAGUUAACUGGAACGUUUGAAGUGGGAGAAACAAGAGAUUAGAUCUUAUGGCACUCGAAGGCCUCCAUACAUCUUGACUUUGGAACAUCAAAUGCAUAUUUGCAUAUUUGCACUUUUAUCUUUGUUCUGAAGAGUACACUGCAGUCCCCGAAGUCAUAACUCCAGUGUUCACCCUGGGAUACAUUGUUCAACAAAUUAGGAGGCGGUUUUCCUAUUAAAAUCAAAGUCUGUAUAUUCAGUGGUGUACUCGAUAUGGCAUUCUUACCCAAUAAAAAAUUUUAGUGUGAAAAGUGCACAAAAUUAAGGCAUAAAAAUGUAUUAUUCUUUUAAAAGUUAUAUUAAAAAUAUGUAAUCAUUGAAGAUACUUCUAAGCAUGAUCAUAAAAUACCAACUGAAAUUAUGCAAUCAUUUUAACAGUGAUGAGGAGCAGUGUUCUUUGGAAAGCCACAGUUAUGUCUUCAAGAAGAAAGUAUACCAGUGAAAAUUAUGUGGUUACUUUGAGUAGAACUGGUCAAGCGGUUAUUUUGUAUGACUAAGAUAUAUAUAGUAGCUUAAGCAUGAUUCUUCAAGAAAGCAAUAGUGGUUUUUGCAUAGGGAGAUUUUGGUAGAAACUUCUUGGGACUAAACAGGUUUACAGAUGCAUUUAAGAAUUAUUCACAAAAUAUAUAAUUCUAAGUUAAAACAUGAUUACAUUUUCAAAAGCAUUUGAUUUAGCUGAAACAAGAUAUAGCUGAUUUUACCUAAAAAUCACGAUUGUCCUCAGGUAAAUUAAAUCAUGAUACAUAAUUGCAGUGAACUCAAGUGCAAUACUUAGUAGGACAUAAGACUUCCUUUAGUUUUCACAUUUUUAAUCUUGUAUAUGGGCAAAGCCAAAUUAUAUUUAAUUUAAAUUAAUUCCAGCACUAGAUAAAUAAGCAAACUGAUAUGAAGGUACUAAGUAGGUAAGUAUAAAACCAGUGAUUAACAAUAUUGGAAUACUUUUUGAAUUAUAUUGAAAAUGUCUUGAAUGUCCUAUGUCAUUUUAAAAAACAUAUGUGGUAGGCUAAGGUAAUAGAGAAUUUUAAAAUGCACUUUCUACCAGUGUCUAUAUUGAAAGAAGGAGAUGCUGAAUACCUCAAGAUACCAAGGGAACAGGCACCAUUGGGAAGUUGUCACAACAUACUUAAAGACACCUAACUUUAUACAAUUGUCUGAUCUCUUCCUUCAGAACUAGAACUAAGACAACUGUCUUUUUCUGUCUCCUACUUUAAUUAGAAAGUUACGUUUUAUUUCCACUCUUGCUUAGAAUAACUUUCAACUUUUUAAUAAUUGAUGCAGUAACUUCACAAAAGUAUAAUGGUAGAUGAAACUCCAAGGAAUAAAUGAAAAUUUUAAUGCUUUCCAUCUUUUGGGAGGCUGGUACACAGCCAAAGAAACUUUUUUUAUCAUAAAACAAUGACUGAAUUCAAUCAGAAGCAUACAUCUGUAGUUGUUUCUUAGGUUUAUUUACAAGGUCUCUUAUUGUAACCAAAUUAUUUAAAGAUUGAUAGUACAGAGUUAAUCCUGGUAUUUACAUGACAGUGUAUUAUGCACUUGAGAAUAUUAUGAUUACAACUUCAGUUAAUAGAUUUCUUUUCAGAAUGCCAAUUAUUUAUUUUUCUAAUGUUAGCUAUCUAAUUAUCUAGAGCUAUCUGAAAAGACCUGUUUUCUUGUUAAUCGCUGGGUUCAAAUAAUUUUUUUUUCUAAUAAGGUUUCCCUAAAUAAUGUUCCUAUUUGACCAGAUAAGCAAAGACUACUUUUAAAAAAUAUUUUAGACAAA